GUGUAUACUACAAGCGGUUGCCAACGUUGCAGUAUCGAUGCCCGAUGCUGCAUGUGGCAGGUUGUGCUGAUGUGUUCGCAUGUGCGCGGUUACCUGCACGGCCAUUGUGGAACAAUCGCUACAAAGGUGUCGGCAAAUGUCCUCCCUGGUGGCAGGUCUGUUGGCGCAGGCAAUUCUGUGGAAAGGCGGAGGUUACCGGCAGAGGACUGGAUUGUCCAGCGUCGAUGCAAGGUUUGCCACUUGACAGCUGCUGCAGGUACAAUUUGCAGUGCACGGGCAUAUCAAAGGCUGAGAGGUCGCCUGCACAUGCAGACAUCCAAGGACAAAGAGUCAAGCACUUCUCCGGGGCGCUUGGAGUCUUUGUACGAUCUUAGCGAGGAGGAACUCCUAGAAUAUGAAUUGGCGGAUGAGGAUUUCACCCUCUGCGAGGAGGAGGAGGAAGAAUGGCGCCAGUAUGACGAAGAGGUACAGCAAUUCAAAGAUCUGAUGUUGGAGUGCUGUUCGGAUGCGACAAGCUCAUCUUCCAAGCCAAAAAUCAAUUGUGAGAGCGACCUCCCGGAAUCCGGCUUGCUUGACUUGCUUGUCCCCAGCCAAGCUGAAUGCUUGGAAGGAUUGGUUGAUGUUUUGUCGUUCCGUGAGGUGAGCUUAGCGUUGGAAAAAGAGGGGGUGGCAUUGAACGGCCAAAGCAUGCCGUCAUCCGACUAUGGAGCCCCUGCUUUUGAUGCGCGGCUCACAAACGGCCGCACACACUCUGCGUUUCCAGAAGAAUAUCGCGAGCGAGUUGCAGAAAACGAGGGUGCUGGAGUGGUGGUUAGUUCCCAAGCAGGAGGAAAUGCGCUCGUGCUUCUCAACCACCUGCCUGAUCAACCAGAAUUGCUACCGGUUGUCUCCGAUACUUUCCGGGCGCAGCAAGUGAAGAUCGUGCGAGGCUGGCUGGAGUCAGGGACUGAUGCCUUCGAGGUGUCUGACUGGAAGGGGCAGCCACUUUCGAGUCAACGAACUGCAAACUUGGAGCAAGCCCUGCUGCAGGCAAUACGAGAGCGAGCUGCGAAGCAGGUUUUUGUGGAAAUUGACGGCCAGGUGCCGCCGCUUGAAUGCUUCCUGGGAUUGCCCUUGGAAGGUUGCCGCCCACUUCCAGUACAAGCUGCUCGUGCUGCGUUGAACAAUGGCCCCUUUAAGGUUUCAAAAGCAGUCGACCUUGGCCGGGCAUUGGUAUUCCAUGGCGAGAUUGAGGACCAUGUGAGCACUUCGGCAGCCCUUGAUGAGUGCAAGCUGAAACUCUUGCAGGCUACAGCUGUUGAAGGAGGAUACGUAUCCUCAACCAGCAAGCGGAUGGACCGAUGGGAGUGCCUCCUCGCAAAGGGCACUGUCGGUCCCCUGCUUCUCUGGAUACCUCUUGAAGAUCUGGAGCAGGAGAUGGAUCCUUCCAUUGACCAGCGCCUCUUCUUUGUAUUCACCACACUCAUCACGCUGCUGUGUGUGCAGAAUGCUGCUCCACAGCCGGGCCUUAACCCUCCAGUGGGUGCUCUACUGCUGAGCAUCAUUGGCGCAUCGGAGAUUUGCCGCAGCGAAAGUGCAAAGAAGUUUGGAGUCCGCUUGGGCUUGCCUUUGCUUUUCCCAUCGCCGGCUAUUGGCACCUUUGGAGUGGCGGCGCGCACUAUGUCUUUAGUGCCAAAUGCGACCGCCAGUUUUGGCGUGGCAGCAUCGGCGCUGAUGACAGGACUUUUGGCCUCCUUCACUUUGAUAGGGCUGGGACUUUUAAUGCCCCAGAACAACGAAAGCUGUACCUGGGUCAACACAGAUGUCUUCCCGUAUGCAUUGCGACAGCUGCUGCUGGCGCAGGCUCAGGUCCGCUCGGAAGUUUGUACGCAGCCACCGCCUGGUGUGGAUGUACACUACGUGCCCACAACACCGGCUUUGGCUGCCGGAGCUUUCGGACUGCUUACCGCGGCCUUGAACUGCCUUCCAAUUGGGCAGCUGGAUGGUGCAUCAUUGCUGCCAGCUGUUCGGUGGAGUUGGCUCCGCGAGACGUUCCUGCCAUUUCUUGCUUACUUGCUUCUUGGUGUGACCAUUUUUGAUGCUCCUGGCCUGUUUCCAUUGGUUGUUGGUUUUAGCAUUUUCACCUUUGGCGUUCGCCCGCAGCUGGCGCCGAAACCGGUACGUCGAGACAAUGUAUCGCAGCCUGAAGAGCUUGCCAAUUUCAUGACUGGGGCUGUGAUUCUGGUGGCUGCAUUCUUGAUGCUCAUGCCAGGGAGUUGGCUGCAAGCCAUCGCCAUGGUGGUGACGAGCUUGUGGACACUUCCUUCUCUUCUGACUGAGCUGCGCUAGCUCAGUGCACAGAAGCGAGGCUUUGCAAG